AGCUGGCAAUUAAACAUUUCAAUUUUGAAUAUGUACGUCUAGACACCUUAACUCGUUUUCAUUGUGUCAGUUCAACUCUCCGGAUCAUCUAAACACCUCCAAAAUCAACAUGCCACAUCAAGGUUGGGUGUUCACGAGAUAUAGUGGGGAUGAGUUGGAGUGUUUAGUCUCUAAUUUAGACUAAAUUGAGGUGUUUAGAUGUGCACUCUCAAAGUUGGAGUGAUUACUUGCUAGUUGAGGCCGCUUAAUUCAUUUUGUCUGCGUAAUCCUAAUUCAAUAAUUUAAUCGCCUUCAGAUUUUUGUCACUUUUCAUCAGCAUGGAAGGGGAAGCAUCCUGGUUCAGUCAUUGCCCUGAUUACGCCGCAAAUGAUACUGUUGAGCCUGAAUUGUUCUCCGAGCUUAAAGAUGAAGACGAUAAACAAGUUUCCUCUGUUCUUCUGGAUUUGAUAUUGCCUGAUGAUUUACUGGAACGAAUUUUGGCUCGUCUUCCUAUUGCUAGCAUCUUUAGGGCAGGUUGUGUGUGUAAAAGAUGGCAUGAGAUAGCGAAAUCAGGAAGAUUCUUGUGGAACUCGUCGCAGUUGCUAACUCAUAAACCAUGGUACUUUAUGUUCACAAGUUCAGAGAAACCAAUAGGUUAUGCCUAUGAUCCAACCUUUCGGAAAUGGCACGUUAUGGAACUCCCCUGCAUUUGGACAUCCAGUUGCUUUAUUUCUUCAUCUUGUGGAUUAUUUUGUUUCAUGGACAAUGAUAGUAGAACUGAUAAGCUAUAUGUUUGUAACCCGAUAACCAAAUGUUGCGAGAACCUCGAGGAGCCUCCAGGAUUCAACUUUUCUGAUUACAUUGCAUUGGCUAUGGUUGUAAAUAAAAAAACACGUUGUUACAGUGUUGCAAUUGUUAAAUCGAAGAACAUCCCUGAAAGUUUCUUUCAGUGGGAUAUCUCCAUUCACGUAUACGAUUCUGGAACAACGACUUGGAUGUGCUGUUUAACUGAUGUUUUGACAGGAUGGAGAGGUGGGGAUGAAAGUGUGAUAUGUGAUGGUAUUUUAUAUUUCAUGAUAUACUCAACUGGAAUUGGUGUUUCAGAAAAUCGUCACGGUCUAAUUACUUACAACCUCUCAAGUAGAUCAUCCCAUGGUUUAUUGAUGAGGAGUUUCAUUCCUGUCCCAUGUUGUCUUACGUGUGGUCGUCUAAUGAACCUUAAGGAAAAGUUAGUAAUGGUAGGAGGGAUAGGGAAGCGAGACUGUCCUGAUAUAAUUAAGGGGAUCGGCAUAUGGACACUUAAUGGGACGGAAUGGCAAAAAAUUGCCCGAAUGCCACAUAAGUAUUUCCAAGGUUUUGAGGAAUUUGACGAUGUUUUUGCUAGCAGCGGUUCAGAUGACUUCAUAUACAUUCAAUGUUAUGGAGAACCUGCUCUUCUUGUUUUUGAUGUGGAGCAGAAAAAGUGGAGGUGGUGUCGUAAAUGUCCCGUAAAAAAGAGAUUUCCUCUUCAGCUCUUUACUGGUUUUUGCUUGGAGCCAAGGCUUGAAAUGAUUCCAUAAUUCUUCUUUAGAAAAUAUACUUUCUCAUAUCUUCAGAAUUUUUGUUCCUUUUCUCUUUUUGUUUUACCCUUUUCCAUCCAU